GAUAAUCAAUGAUAUUGCGUAUUCCUGGUUUUAAAUUUAAUGAGAAUUUGCAUUUCUUUAAAACUGGUAACAAAAGGCUCAAUUAGUAAGGAUAAAUGUUUAUUCGGUUUGGUUGUAAUAUAUUCAUUUUUAUAAAUAUAUUAAAUUAAUUAUGGAUAAUACAGAAGUAGUCAGUACAAAAAUGGAAAAUGGAGGGAAGGAAUUCGUCGCCAGACCAUAUCAAAUAGAUCUUUAUGAAACAGCAUUGAAAUCUAACACUAUUAUUUAUUUGCCGACUGGUACGGGAAAAACAUUUAUAGCAAUGAUGCUUCUUAAGAGAUUAAGUACAGCUGUACAGAAACCUUAUAGCGAAGGUGGUAAGAGAACAAUAUUUGCAGUUAAUACAGUACCUUUAGUAGUGCAACAAUCUGAAUAUAUUGCAAGACAUACAGGUUUAUCAUGUAAGGGAUAUUGUGGUGAUAUGAAUGUCGAUUAUUGGACAAAAGAAAUAUGGUUAAAAGAAUUGGAAGAACAUCAAGUUUUAGUAAUGACAUCUCAAAUAUUGGUAGAUAUUAUUACUCACGGAUACUUAAGUUUAAAUAGAAUUAAUUUGAUUAUCUUUGACGAAUGUCACAGAGCAGUAAAUGAUCAUCCUAUGCGACAAGUUAUGCAGCAAUUUGAACAAUGUGAUGCCAAAGAGCAACCUAGAAUAUUAGGAUUGUCAGCAACUUUACUUAAUUCUAACGUCAAAUUGACUAAUAUUAUAGAUUCGAUUAAGAAUUUAGAAAUAACAUUUCAUUCAAAAAUAGCAACAGUAGGAAAUAUAAAGGGAUAUUCUACGAACCCGAAAGAAGUUUUUGUUUACUAUGAAAAAUAUAUUAUUUCAGAAAGUUUGGACAAAUUGAUUAAAAAAUUAGCAAAUUUAAAAGAAUCUUUAAACCUUUUGUCUUUACCAUGUUCUAACUCCAAUAAAUCAAGUAAAGAGUUUAAAGCAAAACCAAUAAAUGUAAAACUUCAGUCUAUUAUCGAAGACAUUAUAGAACAUGUGGAAAUGACAGGUAUAUAUGGCGUUAAUAAGUGUAUUUUAUUACAUUUAAUCCAAUUAGAAUUCAAAAAGAGGAUCAUUGAGGAUGAAGAUACAAUAUUUAUCUUUGAUUAUUUAAUAACUGAAUUAUUUGCAAUAAGAAAAAUUUUUGAUGAUGAAAUGAGAGUUUAUACAGAUCAAUAUAAAAUAAUCAAAUUUGUAUCAGAUCAAGUCCUCAAACUUAUCAGAUUAUUGAAACAUUUCAAUGACAAUAAGUUACUCGAUCAAAAAUUCUGUUCCAUUAUUUUUGUAAAACGUAGAUUUACCGCUAAAGUAUUGUAUCAUAUUUUAAAGGAUUUACACGCUACCGAUGAAGAAUAUAAAUUUUUGAUUCCGGAUUAUGUGGUAGGGUUUAAUAAUGAUCCUUUCAAAAAUUCUAAAGAAGUUUUGUGUAUUUCUAAGUGGAACAAAGAAGUUUUACAAAGAUUUAGAAAUGGAUUAAGUAAUUGUGUCAUAGCAACAGAUGUUCUUGAUGAAGGGAUUGAUAUACCUAUCUGCACACUUAUAGUGCGUUUUGAUAUUCCAAUAGAUUUCCGAUCUUAUAUGCAAAGUAAAGGACGCGCUCGUCAUUCGUCAAGUCAAUAUGUUAUUAUGUUAGAUAGAAAUGAUAAUAGUUAUAUCAAGAAACACAAACUAUUUAAAGAUAUUGAUGCAUCCUUAGAACAGAUUUUAGUAGGAAAAUCGGAUCUUCGGGAAAAACCUACUGAAAAGGAAAUUGAGGAAUAUUUAUAUACUUACACAAUCAAUCCAUAUGUAAUAAAAACUAAGGAUGGCGUCGUCAAAAGUGUACUAACAGAGCAAGCUGCAAUUUCUUUAGUAAAUAAAUAUUGCAGUGUAUUGUUGAAGUCGAAAUUAGUAUCCUUAGUUCCAAUUUGGAAGUUGCAUACAAUUGAAGACAAGUACCAGGUAUCCCUUCAAUUACCAAUCAUAUCUACAUUAAAAGACAUAACAUUUGGAGAUAUUAUGUCUUCUAUAGAUGCAGCUAAAAGAUCUGCUGCUUUUAAAACUUGUGUUAAAUUGUAUGAAAUUGGUGAAUUAUCCGACAAUUUAUUGCCGACUGUGAACGAAAUAAUACACGAUACAGAUCAUCUAUUUCCAAAUUGGAUAGAGGAAAACUGUAACAACACAAGCGGUACUGCUAGAAAAAGAAGAUCUUAUGAAAUUCAUCAUCCAGAGUCGUUAUUUGGUGCAUAUCCUUCAGCAGGAACUGAAUUAUAUCUUCAUAUUCUCAAUUUUAGUCCAGCGUAUUCAGUACCACAAGAUAAUAGAAAUUUAAUAUUUUAUAAUUUAUUAAACGAUCCAGCAGGAUUUGGAAUACUUUCAACGAAAUCAAUUCCAAAGAUUCCAUCAUUUCCUAUCUUCAUGAAUGUUGGAGAGCUAAAUGUUAAUACUAAAGUUGAUUAUGCAAGAUUAGUUUUAACUGAUGAACAGAUUGAGGAAUUAAAAACUUUUCAUACCACAAUAUUUAGUAAAAUUGUACUUGCAAUUAAAGAAUUCAUGACAUUUGAUAUUGAUAAUCUUGAUAAUUGUUUUCUUAUUGUACCAACUGAUAAUGAAAACAAAAUAAAUUGGAGUGUUGUUAAGAAAUACAAAUCUAUCAAUUAUACUAAAUGUCUUGCAUCGUUAAAACCUUCCGAUUACGAGUUAGCAUUGAUUGUUCCUAAUUAUAGAACAUAUCCAAAUGUAUAUAUCGUCACACAAGUAUGUGAUGACCUUGUACCCAAUUCAUGUUUUCCGGGUUGUGAUUUUUAUACUUAUGUUGAAUAUUAUGAGGAGAAACAUGAGUUGAAAAUACAAGACUUAAACCAAUCAAUGUUAGAAGUAAAAUCAAUUUCAAACAAAAUUAAUUGUAUAAAACCAAGAUCUAUGAAAUCUGGUUUAAGUAAACGAAAACGUGCAGAUGCACUUGAAGAUUAUGAUGAACAUUUAGUACCAGAACUGUGUUCUAAAAUUGAAUAUCCUGCAUUGUAUUGGCUUAAAGCAACCACAUUACCAUCGGUUCUUCAUAGAAUUUCACAAUUUUUAAUUGCAUUAGAUUUAAGAGAGAUUAUUGUUCAAGAGGCAAAGCUGGGUAUUUCAAUACAUGAUCUUAAAUCUCAUGAUUGGCCUCCUUUGAUUAUAGAUGCACAAGAAUCUCCAACUAAAUCAGAACAGGUGUUAGAAAGUGCAUUAGAUGAAGUUAUAGAAACUGAACAGCCAGUACCAGAUUUGAAUGGACCUGAAAUUGAUGUUCUAAAUACCGAUGCAAGUCUGUAUCCUUGGUCAAAAGAACAAGAACCAUCAGAUUUAGAGAGAAAUGCUGAUCAAAUACAAUUAAUCGAUAUCCAAUAUUACCAUAAUUUUAUGUAUGCUCCCACACUAGAGGAAUCUGCAGAACGUAAAUUCAAAAUAAUUAGUUAUUCAAGUAAACCUGAUGUAUCAGUUCCAACUUUAAAAAUACUAGAUAAAAAUUAUAAUAAUAUAGGACCAGACCCAGUACUAAUAAUACAGGCGCUUACAACUGCCGGAAAUGAUGUAUUUGAUUUGGAAAGAUUAGAAACUUUAGGAGAUUCUUAUUUAAAAUUUAUUUCAUCUUUAUAUUUAUAUACCCACUAUCCAACUUAUAAUGAAGGUCGUUUGACUGCACUUAAAGGAAAGAUAAUUGGAAACCGUAACUUAUAUUAUUGUGGAACAAAAAAGUCCAUCCCAGGAUACAUGAAAGUUGACGACUUUAUACCACUGAGCACGUUUAUCCCUCCGGCUUAUACAGCAUUUCGUCCUUUACAAAAAAUUUUAUUAGAUAACAAGGUAUCACCGAAUGUGUUGUACGACAUUGAAAUACCCGAAGUAGAAAGAUUCUCUGGAUAUAUAAGCGGAGAUACAAAAAAUAAUAUGCAAGCAAAAGUUUUGAAUUCGAUUGAUGCAGACACUCAAACAGGUAUUGAGUAUUUCUUAGGUAUGCAAGUAAUUUCAGAUAAAUCUAUUGCAGAUUGCGUAGAAGCAUUAAUAAGCGUGUAUCUAAAGAGUAUGGGAUUGGUAGGAGCUGUUAAAUUAAUGAUUUGGCUUAAUAUUUUGCCUUCCAAUACUGAUAUUCACUCAUUAUUAUAUAGUGUUUCACAAAAGCCAGAAAUUGGUUUAGUAGAUCCAAAUCUAUAUAUGCCAUGGGCUGACAAACUAGAAACCAAUAUGGGUUAUAAGUUUCAAAACAGAGCAUAUUUGUUACAGGCCUUCACACAUCCAUCUUUCACAGAAAAUAAUGUAACAGAAGGUUAUCAAAGAUUAGAAUUUUUAGGUGAUGCUAUUAUUGAUUUCUUAAUUACUGCUUACAUUCAUCAAAAUUGGGAAUCAUUAAAUCCUGGCCAUGUUACAGAUCUGAGAUCUGCACUUGUAAAUAAUAUUACAUUUGCAUGCUUAGCUGUAAAGUACGGUUUGCAUACAUCUCUUUUGGCCUACGCUCCGCAAUUAAAUGAUGUUAUUGAUCGAUUCGUUAAAUUUCAAGAAGAAGGAAAUCACACGGUUAAUAACGAGAAUCUCUGGAUCUUACUUAAAGAAGACGAAUGUAAUAUGGCUGAAUAUGUUGAUGUCCCUAAAGUUUUAAGCGAUAUAUUUGAAUCUUUCAUAGCAGCUAUUUAUAUGGAUACUGGCAAAGAUAUUAAAAAAGUCUGGGAAAUUUUAUAUGCUCUUAUGCACAAAGAAAUUGAUACCUUUAGUCAAAAUAUUCCAAAGCAACCUGUACGUUUAAUCUAUGAGAAGCUAGGAUCAAAUGCUAAGUUUUUCUCCGCUACUAUAGUAGAAGGUACAAAUACUAUUAUGGUACCUUUAGAAAUAAUAACCAAAAGGGUAACAAAAAUUUUUCAUGGAUUUGGUGCCAAUAAAAAGCAAGCUAAAUGUGCAGCAGCAAAACAGGCUUUGAAGUAUUUACGUUGUAGAAAUGAAUAGCUAUAAAAAUAAAAUAUAUGUUUAUAUAUAUUAUUAUCUGGUAAUUGGACAAAACAAUAAAUUCUAUUACGUAU